CCCUGUUCCAACAAUCUCUUGGAGGAAAGUUAAUGGUCAUAAUCCAAGUAAAGCCCGCCUGAGAAAAUCCCAAGCUGUGCUUGAAAUACCUAAUGUGCAGCUAGAGGAUGCAGGGAUGUACGAAUGUAAGGCUGAAAACUCUCGUGGAAGAAAUGUCUUCAGAGGACAACUACAAGUGUACACCUACCCACAUUGGGUGGAGAAACUUAAUGAUACUCAAUUAGACAGUGGAGAUCAGCUCCGAUGGGAAUGUAAAGCCACUGGAAAGCCAAGGCCCACAUAUCGUUGGCUGAAAAAUGGAGUUCCUCUCUGGCCACAGAGCAGGGUUGAGAUGGUUAAUGGUGUUCUGAUGAUCCACAGUGUGAAUCUCUCAGAUGCUGGAAUGUAUCAGUGCUUAGCAGAAAAUAAGUACGGGACCAUUUAUGCCAGUGCCGAGCUGAAGAUUUUAGCUUCAGCUCCCACUUUCCCACUAAAUCAAAUGAGGAAAACAAUAAUUAUUACCAAGGGCCAAGAAGUUGUCAUUGAGUGCAAGCCACAAGCAUCUCCAAAGCCAACUAUCACUUGGAAGAAAGGAGACAAAGCAUUAAGGGAGAGUAAGAGGUCAGAAGCUUGUUCG